AUGGGAUCGAAAUCCUCACCGUCCGAUAUCAUCAAUCUCAAAUUAAUUCUUGUUAGUGGCAGAACAGCUGAGUUUCAAUUUCGACCAACAACAACUGCAUCUGAUGUAGCUAAAUAUGUGUUUGAAAACUGGCCCGAAGAUUGGGGAAAUGAACAAAGAGUUGAUCGUUACGAAGUAUUAAGAUUAAUCUAUCAAGGACGAUUUCUUCAUGGUAAUGUCACAUUAGGCGCACUUCGUCUUCAGCAAGGCAAAACAACUGUGAUGCAUCUUGUUCCACGUGAGAAUCUUCCUGAAUCAACCAAUGGCGAUCAAAAACGUAAACAUAAACAUGACACGAAUCAAGAGCGAACAGCUGAUCACUCCCAGAAUGCAACGUCACCGCAUCGAUCAGACACAACAAGUCCAAAUUCAUCCACACCCGGGUGCUGUGAAGGAUGUAGAGAUGAAGUCGACAUAAUCUCACAUCGUGAGCAAAGAAAGCGUACUACCUAUUAUCCGCCUCGUCGAAUUUUGAUGUCUAAUGAUCAACAGCGGCAAGAUGCGGAAAAUCAACUACAAAAGGAAAUGGAAGGUAUGGACGAUGGCGAACGAUUGGAGUAUAUAAACAAGUUAAGCACCACGGUUUUUGAUGAAAUUAUCGAGAAGAAAAAUGGCGAGCCAUCCAAAUGGCAAAGUUAUUGGGAGAAAGAUGAAAAUGACGUCGAACACUGGACAAAAAAAGACAUUCGUCGUGAUCCUGUCAAAGGUUUACUGACCGCCGUUGAAGAUGGUGAUCUCGCGCGUGUUCAACAAUACAUCACUCGUGACCGAUCAUUACUCAAUGCACGAGAUUCGGAUGGUUACACCGCAUUGCACCGCUCAGCGAACGGAAAUCAGUUGAAAAUCUGUGAAUAUCUACUUGAAUCAGGUGCAGAUAUCCACGCAGUUACGGACGAUAAAUGGACCGCAUUGCACUGUGCCGCCUUUUGGAAUAAUUAUGAAAUAGCUUCUCUAUUAUUACAAAAUGGUAUCGAUAUAAAUAGUCAGACAAAUGGUGGACAAACAGCAUUACAUUUAGCUGCAUCGCAACGAAGCAAUCGAGAAGUCAUUCAACUGCUUCUUAUGCAUCCAUUCAUAAAUGUAAAUAUUGAAAAUAAACUAAAUGAAACCGCGGCUACAAUUGCCAAACGUUCCAGUUCGGUUCAUUGUCUAUUUGAUUUAUAUACAGAUGCAUUGACAAAAUUAAAAUAA